CACCACCAAUACCCCCACCUGCGGCCCGAGACACUUGGGACCCUCAACGCAUACGAGUACUGUGCGGUAAUGGAAAUCAUGCACGAGACCGAGGUUCAGGAUCCGGAGAAACGCAGAACGGCUUCAAUUGGUCUUGAUGCAUCAGAGGACACCAUGCUUAGAAUCUUGUCAGUGUUGUCCACUAGCCCGAUGAUGUUACAUCAGGAUUCGCAAGUCAACAUGAUUUUCCACGGCCUCGCUUAGAGCAUGACGAGGUGGCUACAGAGACUGCCUCGACUGUUAUCUCGCGACAAGCUUUGCAACGAAGCUUAGCAUUCCUCUGUGCAGACGUCAACCCCACACAACUUGGACUCUGUUGUCACAGACAGUGGCGUUGAUAAUCCGCCGCGCUACUGCGUCGAUCACUAAUUGGGAUCAUUGGCCUACAUCAGCGACUCUUUUGCAAAUCCGCGCCACUCCUGAGGGCUACCCGAGCAUCAAAAGGCCGGUCAAUCUGUAUGAUGAGCAUGCGAGAAUGUGUCAAGCCGAGAGGCGAACAUGCUGGCGAAGCGGCUACGAUCAGAUGAAACUCCGGACAAUCUUUGCCGUACCCAGCCAUUUUCGCCUUCGCAACCACCCAUGAACAUCGACCUGCCUGAUCGAGUUACUGUACCAGUAUUCUGGUGUGCCAGUCGUCGCAUGAUUUCAUCAUACUUUCUACUCUCAGCCAAUCAUAAGCCUGACCACAGCGUUCGGAGUCCCCUAUCUGGCGGAAGUCGAACAUGGAGCUGCUUUGGGGCAAUGUUCUCCUCCCUGAACUGCUAUCAAACUGCCUAUCCAACGGUAAUUGAGACUGGACGUCGCAAUCUCAAACUUCGGCUACCCUCCUCACUCUAUCCUACCUGACUAACCAGGGAUGUAAGUGCGAAAAAGCCAAUUACACAACCUUGACCUAUCAGUUGUGGAAUCAUUGGGCAAGGCAAGUGCCAAUGCUUCGCUUCUGCCAGAUAUGUUCUCUGGGGAGUGUAACCCUCUAAUCGGCGUUGGCUGCUCUGAGGCUAGUG